AUGGCACUCCUGCGCCCACUGCAGCCCGAAGAGCCGCUGCUUGACCUCGGAGUUGAAUCUGGGCCCCAUAAGCCUAUUGAAGGCAUUCCCGUUCUGGACGGCGUGGGUUGCCCCUUGUGUCAGGCUUGCUUCACCACAAAAGGCAGUCUGUGGCAUCACAUCGUAGCCGAGCAUCCCGACGAAUCAGAGGCCAAGCAGCCGCCUCGACGCGUCAAGCUGCAAAAGCCGUUGCGCGGUGCCGGAGCCCGCUGUAUCGAGGUCAUUGUCGAAGAUGGCCACGAUGCCUCGGCAGCCGACGUCAGCGAAAACGAGGAAGAGCUGGAGGAGCAGCAGCGGUUCAAGCAGCUGAUCUCCAGCACCCAGGCCAUGGCGUCAGAGGCCGAGGAGAAGCGCUGCCCGCACGGCGUUCACCAGAUGCACCCGUUCUACGAUAGUGUGGGCAUGACGCUGAUCCUGAGCGAGCUGACCCCAGAGCAAAUUCUCAAGCUGGGCCACGACACCCCACCCGCACCACUCGUGUCAGGCAUGCACGAGCUCUUGUGGGAGGCCCACGGACAAUUGUCCCAGCACGGCCUGGCGGCUGCUUCCGUGGCGUCCUUGUUCGAAGAUGAAGAGUUGCAAGUUGAGCCACAAACUUUACCCCAAGUAUCUCCUGGCACGAUGAGCAGAUACCUAAACAUUGGAGCGCGGUUGGUGCAUUUUAUACUGCUACUGGACGCACUGCCAGCCCCCGAGCCAUCCAGCUUUUUGAGCCAGGUGCUCGCCAGUCGUGGGGAGGCCAUAACUACAGCUGCUUUGGCCGUGCAAGACGCGCUGGAUGCGGGACUGAGCGGGGAGGAUCUUGUCGAGCCCUUGGCGGCACUGUGGCUGGCACUGGUGAAUGCAGAGCUACAUCUGUUUGACAACGACAAGGUGCACUUUGUCAACGUGUUUUUGUUGUGCACGGCCGUGUCCAAGGGAAGCGGUGUCUUGCAAGACAUCCGGCGCUGGACCACAACGCAGGCCGGUUUGAUUUAUAUUUUCAAGCUGUUUUUGCUCCGGUUUGGCAAGGCACAGCGAUGGGCCACUGCGGGUAAACUCAGGCCUUUUCUACAGUCUGGACGGCUGGUGCAUUUUCUGAGCCAGCGCAUGACGGCGGCUCGCUCUUCCAGCACGGCCGAUGGGCAGGUUGGAGUGGAUAUUGACGUGCAAACGGACGGUGACAUGACGGACGAGGCGCUGCACACCAUUGUUUGUCAGGGUACUGAACUCAACGUGAAAGAGAUUGGGACCGCCCUGGUACAGAUGCGCAACGAUAUGAAAGAAAUUUUAGACACCCACCUCUUGCUGGGAUCGGAUCUGCGAGAGCGACAUGCUCUCGAGUAUGUCCGGCUACGGUCGAAGGAGGAUCGGACCAACAGGGUCAAGAAUUGGUGGGUGGGCCAUGACAGCCCAGCUGAGCGGGCCCUAUUGGAUCACAUUGGCCAGACUCCGAGCUUGCGGCAAGAAUUUAUCUGCACGGAGCUUGGCCCAGAAGGAGCUGAUGAAGAGCCGACCUUUCGAGAAGACCGCGUGCGGGAAUGGCUUCUAUUUGUGGGCAGGUUCAACCAGCUGGCGCUCACCUACACCCACAUGGCUGGAGGUCUGCCACCUCAAGCAACCGUAUAUCAAGGGCUAUCCUACAAAAAUGGCGUGGGCCGGCAACGGGCCGUGUUUUUUGCUGGAAAGCAGCUCUCCAUAUUGACUCGUCUGGGUAAAACCCACGGGCUCUCUCUAGAUGAGCAGCACGCCUUUCGGUACAUGGACGAGGAAGUCAGCAAGCUGAUUUUCAUGUAUUUGCUCUUGUGCAAGCCUCUGGAGCAGAUGCUAACCAGCUGGCUGGAGAAGCGGGGCGCUCUUCAAACCCCUCGCGAUGGCGGGCGUGGAACCUACGACAAUGAUCAGGAAGAGGAGGAUUUAUUGGAGGACGAGGGGGAUGAAGACCACAUGAGCCACGACGAUGGCAUGACCUUGCGACGCGAGGUACAGGACGCUCAACGCCACUACAACAACAGCCACUUGCUCUUCAACAUUGCGCCUCUGCAGACCAUGCUCAGCCCAGCCUCUAUCUACGCUGCCUUUCGUCGACAAAUGGCCACCUACCUGCAUCAGCCUACGCUUGGAGUGGCAAAGUGGCGACACGCUGCUACCUUUUGGAUGACAACAUUUGUGACAAACCGGCUCUUUGCCGACCCCGCGAGCACUUUGGGUAGCCUGAUGCGCACCCAGGCACAGCCCUUGGGCAACAUGGCCAAAGACUUCUUUGCUACCGCAACAAGCUACCAAUUGCAAGCCAAAAUGUCAUCACGUCUGAUGCAUCAGCUGGCCUCACAAAGCUGGCAUGCCUUUUUGGGUCUUGACCGCAAGCGCAGCGUGGCCGAGCUCACAGCCGCCAAGGAAGCUUUGGAAGCGGGCGCGUCAUCAUGGAUACGCAAGCUGAGCAUGAUGUAG